UGCUUGUGAAGUUGGCUUUGGUUUCUCAUACAAUCAAUCUCAUUUCUUUCUUCUAAGCCUACAAGAACACGACGAAAAGAAAUAACUGAAUAUCACAAAAACUUUUUUUUUUGUUUAUUUAAAGAAAAAAAGAUAUUUUUUUAAUUUUAAUUAUUUUUGUUUUUGUGGUUUAAGUCUUCCUUAUUUUUCUUAUUUGCUUUCUUGUUUGGAUCCGAUCUGAAACUCUCCAAGUGGAACCAAAAGACUCAUUUACGUUCUGUCUUCCAAAGUUACUUCACUUUUUUUCUUUCUCUGCCAUACUUUCUGAGUUCUUUCGUUUGUACCAAUAUCGUCAGCCAUGGAAGUUUGGUGCUUCUUCCUCUGCCACUAGAAGGUAGGCAUUAAAGUGGGAGAUUAUGUAAAAUCAUGGUUUUGACCAUAUUAUUACAAUCAACAUCUGUAUCUUUACAAUCACUUUGCCUAGUUGGAAUUUUGUGUCAAGGUGCCUGAAAAUUGCUCCAUGGAUUCAGUUCUUGUUGAUGGAGUUCAUUCGUUAUCAGUAGGCAACAAUCUGCCUACCACAAGUGGGGCUCGUCAUCCUUCUCGGCUUCCAUCACCGAGCCUAUCUAGUGAUGGUGGGGCUUCAUCCACAUACUAUUCACCAGCUCAGAGCUAUGGCACAAAACAGAUGUACUACCCAAAUGGUUCUGUGGUUAUUCAAAAGGAUUCCUAUAAAGCUGUGGAUGACAAUUUGAAGCAUCAAGAGACACCCAAUAUGGUAAAACACUACUAUGAUUCAAGUAAAGGGAAAUCUGAAUAUGGGGCUGCUGCGAAUAAGGCUCUUGAUAAAUCAGCAGCAACUUCUACUCAGAAGAAUGUUUCUAAGGUGGAAAGCAAAUCUUGCACAAAGCAUCCAACUGGUGCUCCAGAAAAUUGUGAUUCAAGCUGUUUGGUGGAAUCAGAAACUUUUGGUUUGAUUCCAUGUAAAGAAAGUGUCGGGCAAAUGAAUUGCCAACCAACACCCCAACCAGCUCUUACUUCCUGCUCAAGUCCCCAAAGUAGCAUGUAUUCAGCCACUCUGUAUUCGGAGGCCAAAGAAAGUUUCACCAACACAGAAGUCAGUGAAUGUACAAGUAGUAUUGAGAAAAUUGGCGAGAGCUGCGAAAUGAAGAAUUCCUGCGAAUUUAAUGAAAGCAGGAAGACCAGCAUCUGUAGAGGCAGCACAGGGAGUGAUGUUAGUGAUGAGAGCAGCACUAGUAGUUUGAGCACCUCCAUGUUCAAGCCCCACAUGGCAAAUGAUACGAGAUGGGAUGCAAUUCAAGCUAUCCGAUCUCGUCAUGGGAUGCUGGGUUUGAAUCAUUUCAAGUUGUUGAGGAAACUUGGAUGUGGAGAUAUUGGCAGUGUUUAUUUAUCUGAGCUGAGUGGUACAAGAACGUUUUUUGCAAUGAAAGUUAUGGAUAAAGGAGCUCUGGCAAGCCGGAAGAAGCUUCCAAGGGCUCAGACAGAAAGAGAGAUUUUGCAAUCUUUGGAUCAUCCAUUCCUCCCCACAUUGUAUACGCAUUUUGACACAGAAAAGUUCUCUUGCUUGGUGAUGGAGUUCUGUCCUGGUGGAGAUCUGCAUGCGCUCAGGCAAAAACAACCUGGGAAGUUCUUUUCUGAGCAUGCUGCCAGGUUUUAUGUUGCGGAAGUUCUCCUUGCCUUGGAGUAUUUGCAUAUGCUUGGAAUUAUUUACAGAGACCUUAAACCAGAAAAUGUUUUAGUCAGAGAAGAUGGACAUAUUAUGCUGUCAGAUUUUGACCUCUCUCUAAGGUGUGCUGUAUCCCCUACUCUUGUAAAAUCUUCAAACUCGACCAUGGAGUCAAAGAGCUCGGGUUAUUGUGUUCAGCCUUCAUGUAUCCAGCCAACUUGUGUUAUGCAGCCAGAUUGCAUCCAACCUGCGUGUUUUGCUCCACGCUUCUUGUCACGCAAGCUGAAGAAAGAUAAGAAGACAAAACCAAAGACCGAAAUACAUCACCAAGUGAGCCCGCUCCCUGAGCUCAUCGCUGAACCAACAAAUGCUCGCUCCAUGUCCUUUGUUGGGACACACGAGUACUUGGCACCAGAGAUCAUCAAAGGCGAAGGCCAUGGCAGUGCUGUAGAUUGGUGGACCUUUGGGAUCUUUCUCUACGAGCUUUUGUUUGGGAAAACUCCAUUUAAAGGGGCAGGGAACCGAGCUACCUUGUUCAAUGUUGUUGGCCAGCCCUUGAGAUUUCCAGAGUCACCCAGUGUGAGCUUUGCCGCAAGGGACUUGAUCAGAGGUUUACUAGUGAAAGAGCCACAGCAUCGCCUCGCUUACAGGCGUGGUGCAACAGAAAUCAAGCAGCAUCCCUUCUUUCAGAGUGUGAAUUGGGCACUGAUCCGCUGUACAAAUCCACCAGAUGUGCCGAAACCAUACACGAUGGAUGUUCAAAGAAAUGAAGUCCCCAAAACUCCCCAAAAUGGGAAAGAUCCGAGUGUUGAUGUAAAGCCUUCCGGUAAUUAUUUUGAGAUUGAUUUCUUUUGAUUCAUAUUCUUGAUUUUCUCUCUUUUCAUGUAGUGCUUCAAUGGUUCUUCCAUUGCAAAUGGAUAAAAAUCCGUGUUGCCUUUUUUUCAUUUGAUAAUAUAUAUGUAAACUGCUCCUUCAGACUGGGCUCCAUAGCAGCACUGCGGGAAUGCAAAUGCAUCUAAAUGAGAAAUGAAUUUGUUUAUCUA